UCAAUCAGGACAAUCUGCGACCCAGAUCACGUGAACAAAUAUGCUUGUAUUUUAAGGCAGCGCCUUUAUUUGUCAUGAUAAAGGUUUCCUAAUGUCGACUCAUUCGGUGAGCCUGCCUCUGUAAAACGUUUUUCUCUUUUCCAAUGAGAAGUUGAUUGCCAAUAAUAUUUCGCUUUGGAAUAAGAAGAUCUUCUUGGAUUUUUAUUGGUAGCUGAGUGAGUGGCUCCAUUCUUUCGGGAAUACUGUCUGCAUCGGUAUAUGGAAAUGCCUGGAAAAGCGCGAGAUCAGUUUUAAGACAGUACUGUCUAUAGACAAAGGGUGAAGGAUUUAUACGAGUAGCAGCACUGAGAGAAAUUGAGACUAAGACGCACUGCAAUAUAAUAAAUUGACUCACAGGUCAAAUACCAAAUUAUGAAGAUCGUUUAAGGGGAAAGCGCGGAGAGACAGCCACCGACUGCGGUCCAAGGACAUAUAAUUUGUGGGAAGCUCCAAUCACGUGACGGAGGAGCCCAUGCAAUUGGACAGGGGUUCACAGGCCUUGCUAGUUUGAACCUUCACAAUGCAGAAAACCACUUAUUAUGACAAUGCUGGACUCUUUGGAGGAUAUUCCUACCCUAAAUCUGACUCCUACACAUACGGUCCUGCACACCAGGGCUACUCGUCCUCCAGCAUAGAGAAUGACUUUCAAAAUCCAAUCUGUCCAAUUCAAACCACAUCAGCCCGUCCGCCAGCACACAAAAGUGGAGACAUCAAUGGCAGUUGUAUGCGACCCAGUGCCAGCCACAGCAACAGCCAACCAGAGAAUAUCAUAGAGCAACAACAACAACAACAACAGCAGCAGCAGCAGGCUGCCCCUUUAGCAGCCAGCUCGCCCAGCCCGAACACCAGCUCUACUCAAAAAAAGAAAUCUCCCAGCAGCACUGGCUCCAGCACUGCCACUCCAGUCAUCACCAAACAAAUCUUCCCAUGGAUGAAAGAGACCCGUCAAAACGCCAAGCAGAAAAGCACUAACUGCACAGCUUCAGGUACAGGCGAAACCUGCGAUGACAAGAGUCCACCUGGUCCUGCCUCGAAACGGGUGCGCACUGCCUACACGAGCGCGCAACUCGUGGAGCUGGAGAAGGAGUUUCAUUUUAAUCGCUACCUGUGUCGCCCCAGAAGAGUGGAGAUGGCUAAUCUACUCAAUCUGACUGAGCGCCAAAUAAAGAUCUGGUUUCAAAACAGGAGGAUGAAGUACAAAAAAGAUCAAAAAGCUAAAGGCAUAAUGCACUCUCCCCUAGGACACUCGCCGGACAGAAGCCCGUCGUUAAGUGGCUCGAAUCACAUUGGAUAUUCUGGUCAGCUUCCAAAUGUAAACGGCCUGAGCUACGACGCGCCAUCUCCCCCGCCAUUCGCCAAACCGCAGCAGAACAUGUACGGCUUGGCAGCCUACACGGCGCCAUUAGGCGGCUGCAUACCGCAACAAAAAAGGUACCCGGGCACAGAAUACGACCACCACAGCAUGCAAGGGAACGGUAGCUUUGCCAGUGCCAAUUUACAAGGUAGUCCCGUGUAUGUCGGUGGGAACUUCGUUGAUUCAAUGCCAGGCUCGGGCCCUAUGUUCAACCUCGGCCAUCUUCCUCAUCCCUCAUCCGCCAGUGUGGACUACAGCUGUGCCGCUCAGAUUCCGGGCAACCACCACCACGGACCGUGUGACCCCCAUCCCACGUACACAGACCUCAGCUCUCACCACGCGUCUCAGGGAAGGCUGCAGGAUGCGCCAAAACUUACGCAUCUGUAA